AUGUCGCCACUGCUACCACAGCCUCUGAUUGAUAGCUCAAGUCACGCGAAACUGAUAGCAGACCACACACACAACCCUCCACGCCUCCGAAAGCCCCGCCCGAGGAACGCCCCCUUUUGCAGCGCCGCCGGUCCGCGGCCCCGACCAGUCAGUCUUUCAGUGGGUACCAGUUGUACUGGACAUGUGUUGUUGACUGACGGUGCAUGGUUCUUUGUGACUUGUGACUUUCCAGUGUUUGUGAUGCUACUCGGUGCGAUGCCCGAGGAAAGUGCAGCCGCUGGGUUGCUUGUGCCCACGGCGAAGACGCGCGCCACUGACUUUUCCAUCGCCGCGAUUAUGGCCAGAGGAGCCGUCGCGCCGCCGGACGCCGACGCCAGAGAACUGCCAGGCGACGGUGCCGCUUCACGAUCCAGCUCACCCGACAUCGAGGAUCCCUUGGAGGACGAUGAUAUAGAAGUUGACGUGGAGGAAUGUUCGGACAGCGAAUCCGCGAGAAUUUCAAAACCCAAACUUCGACAAUCUCCCGCAAUUUCAGAUUGUGGUUCGGAACCGGCCGAUUUAGACCGGGAAUCCCCCGACAUAGUCCAAGAAAAACCCAAUUCGAAAGCAAAAAUAUCGUGCAACUGCGACGAGUUGCUCAACGUCGAAUGUCAUCUCGAAACCAAAGACCUCUGGGACAAAUUCCACGAUCUUGGAACGGAAAUGAUCAUCACCAAAACUGGGAGACGAAUGUUCCCGACUUUGAGGGUUUCCUUCACCGGAAUUCGCCCGGACCAGCGAUACGCCGUACUUCUGGACAUUGUUCCGGUUGAUAACAAACGUUAUCGGUACGCUUAUCACCGGUCCUCGUGGUUGGUGGCUGGCAAGGCUGAUCCUCCGGCUCCGUGCAGAAUAUACGCACAUCCGGAUUCGCCAUUCUCCGGGGAACAACUACGAAAACAAGUCGUCUCGUUCGAGAAGGUUAAACUCACCAACAACGAAAUGGAUAAAAACGGACAGAUUGUCCUGAACUCUAUGCAUCGGUAUCAACCUCGGAUCCACAUCGUCAAGUGGCGGGAGCACUCGGGCCCGAUUACGGACCUGGAACAGGAGCAGUACAGGACAUUUAUUUUCCCCGAAUCGGUUUUCACGGCAGUUACGGCCUAUCAAAAUCAACUCAUCACGAAAUUGAAAAUCGAUUCGAAUCCAUUCGCGAAAGGGUUCAGGGAUUCGUCCAGACUCACGGAUUUUGACAGAGAACCAAUGGAUAGCCUCUUCAUGGACCAGCACUUCCUCCGCUCAUCCCUCCGUCUUUACUCCAGCGACUCCCUCGACGCCGAAAACAACAACGCCGGCUCCCUCUUUUCGGCCGCGAUGAUGGAGAAGGCUCGCGCACACAUCCAGAUGUGGGGCCGAGCCUCCGGCGGCGCUCCUUACAACCCCAGUGAAUUGCACGCGUUCCUUCUCAACAGUUCCCCAAGUCAACAAAUCUACCUGGGUCAACGACCCUCUGUUCCUCUGGGCUUGACGAGCCAACUGUGGAGUCAGGGCGGCUCGUCUUGGCAGUCCCCCAUCCAUGGUGGUUUGCCCCCGGGUCUGUUGGGUCCGCCGCCCCCUCACCGGCCUCAAAUGACCCCGCCGCCCUCUUCCACUCCCAGUUCCUCGGGAUCGCCUAGUCCCACUUCCGUCAGUACUUCCGAUCUGCGAUUACCCAAAGCUGUGUUCCCCUCUUCGAUGCACCGUUUCAGCCCCUAUGCGUCGCCGCUGCCUCGACAGGCCUCCUCACUGAGUCCCACUUCGCGGUCCGGACACUGAUGAAGAGUCGCUCCGAGCCGAAACUAUACCAAAGAGUCUUUCCGGAAGACGAUAAUUGUGAGAUUAUAUCCUUGUAAAUAAACUGUCGUUGAAAUUAUUUAUUUGUGUAAAAUAGGGAGUCCUGGUAGAGUCACUGAUUUUUUUUAUUACUUACUUGUAAAGUGUAUGUGUAAUUAUAUUUUGUACAACAGAUAGCAGUAUUAAUGUACAUAAUCAUCAGUGUAGUACUUAAGUUCUCUUAAUUGUGAGAACUGAAACGUUCCUUUUGUUGUUGGUUCUACGGCACGUUCGAACAUUUUGUUUUUUUUUACACUACCGGCAUUCCAUCAUAUCAGAUAAAGUCAGUGUUUCAGUUUUAAAUUGUUUUAACUGUUGCUAUAGAACCAAAUUUUUAUAAGAAAUAGUUUACGUACCGUAAAUUGUAUAUUUUAUGAAAAAUAUUCUUCACUGUCAAUUAUUUACCUAGUUUUUCAUUGUAUUACACUAUGUUAAAAAGGAAUUUGUUGUUGUGUAUAUAUAAUAUGUGGAUUGUAAAUUAAAUAAACAAUU